CCGUGCGGCGGCACUCCGCGCGCGAUCCCGCUCCGAGCGCCCGCGAGCGCGUCCCACGCGCACACACGCGCUACGUCGCGCCCUUUACGUAACGCGCGACCAUCGCGCGCACUCGCGACUCUUCGACAUCCCGAGGAAAGGUUUGGAGUGUUACACGUUAAUUGUGCUUCGUUUUGGCUUUGGCUUCUGGCUUUAUCGGAGACGGAGCGGCGCCGGCGGUGGGCCGGCGCAGUUAAAGGUGUAUCGCAGAUGUUGCGCGCGCAUCUCGCCGGAAGAGAGGAGCGCGCGCGGCCUGCUCGCGACGCGGCCACCACCCGGCGCGCCCUCUAGACACACAACACUGCAUUAUUUUACAGUCGGACAUGAAAAAUCUCGCUCCUUUGCUGGCUGUCCCUAUCAGCAAGUACGUGGUGACUUUCAUCUCUCUAGUAGCCGCGGCCACACUGCUCUCGUGGACGACAGAAGGGCGCUCCGCCCGUAGGUGGUCGGCGGGAGCACGCGGGCGCAGGGUGUACUGCCGCGCGCGCUUUCCUUACCACACUCACCCGCCUAUUCACUGUUAGCAGUAGGCAGUUCACUCGGGGGGAGUUCGAUAGACAAUGUCCGAGGACUUGGACUCGAUCAGCGAGGAAGAAGUCAGCUUGUUCCGACCCUUCACCCGAGAGUCAUUGGCCGCUAUCCAAGCCCGUAUAGCUGAGGAGCAUGCCAAACAAAAAGAACUCGAGAAAAAACGAGCGGAAGGAGAGGCCGAUUUGGGGCGGACGAAAAAGAAAAAAGAAGUGCGGUACGAUGACGAGGACGAGGACGAGGGCCCGCAGCCAGACGCGACCCUGGAGCAGGGCUUGCCUCUGCCAGUUCGCAUGCAAGGCUCUUUCCCUCUCGAACUUGCAUCCACACCCCUCGAGGAUAUCGAUCCUUUUUAUAGCAAUCAAACCACAUUCGUAGUCAUAAGCAAGGGUAAAGAUAUCUUCAGAUUUUCGGCGACCGAUGCCUUGUGGAUAUUGGAUCCAUUCAAUCCUAUCAGAAGAGUGGCAAUAUACAUAUUAGUGCAUCCUCUGUUCUCUCUGUUCAUUAUAACUACUAUCCUCGUGAACUGUAUACUUAUGAUAAUGCCUACCACUCCAACAGUCGAAAGUACUGAAGUUAUCUUUACCGGCAUCUACACCUUUGAAUCGGCGGUGAAAGUAAUGGCCAGGGGUUUCAUACUACAGCCAUUCACAUACCUUAGAGAUGCAUGGAAUUGGCUUGACUUCGUAGUUAUAGCUUUAGCUUAUGUGACGAUGGGCAUAGAUCUCGGCAACUUGGCCGCUCUAAGAACCUUCAGAGUUCUCCGAGCGUUGAAGACUGUGGCCAUCGUACCGGGCUUGAAGACUAUUGUGGGUGCCGUAAUAGAGUCGGUGAAAAAUCUACGGGAUGUAAUAAUAUUGACAAUGUUUUCGCUAUCUGUGUUCGCACUAAUGGGCCUGCAGAUUUACAUGGGUGUAUUGACACAAAAAUGUGUCAAAGUCUUCCCAGAGGACGGCAGCUGGGGAAACCUUACUGACGAAAACUGGGAGAGAUUUUGUCAAAAUGAAACAAAUUGGUAUGGUGAAGAUGGAGACUACCCUCUUUGUGGAAAUUCGUCAGGCGCUGGGCAAUGUGAACCGGGUUACGUGUGUUUGCAAGGGUAUGGUCCGAAUCCCAACUAUGGCUACACAAGUUUUGAUACAUUUGGAUGGGCCUUUUUGUCGGCUUUCAGACUGAUGACCCAGGACUAUUGGGAAAAUUUAUACCAAUUGGUGCUAAGAUCAGCGGGUUCAUGGCACGUUUUGUUCUUCGUGGUGAUCAUAUUCUUGGGCUCGUUCUAUCUCGUCAAUUUGAUCUUGGCUAUUGUCGCCAUGUCAUACGACGAGUUGCAAAAGAAAGCCGAAGAGGAAGAACAGGCUGAAGAGGAAGCUCUAAGGGAAGCAGAACAGAAAGCAGCAGCGAGAGCGGAUAAGCAGGAAGCUAGGGAAGCGCACGCUCGGGAACAAGCAGCCGCAGCAGAAGCGGCAGCGUACGCCGAGGCACAUCCCGCCAAGUCCCCUAGCGACUCCUCCUGUCAGAGCUACGAGCUGUUUGUGAACCAGGAGCGCGGCAACCAGGACGACAAUACGCGCGAGCGCAUGUCCCUCCGUAGCGACCCCUUCCAGGACUCGGUGAGCACUCAGCCAACGCACAAGCCAACCGCCACCGAAUCGCACCACGAAACGGCACGCCGUCAAAGGAAAGUUAGCAUGGUUCCCCAUCCUGAACGCAUAAAUAAAUACGGACAGUUGUCUUAUGGGCCACUGCGCGAAGGCUCGCAGGCUUCAUUGUCACUCCCCGGAUCACCAUUCAAUUUACGCCGAGGGUCUCGAGGGUCGCAUCAAAUGGCUCUGAGGCCGAACGGAAGGAAUCGAUAUCCACCCGGCGCCGAUCGCAAACCACUCGUUCUGUCUACAUAUUUGGAUGCUCAAGAACACUUACCAUAUGCGGAUGAUUCAAACGCUGUCACUCCAAUGUCAGAAGAAAACGGUGCUAUCAUCAUUCCAGUCUACUAUGCUAAUUUAGGUUCAAGGCAUUCGUCGUACACGUCACAUCAGUCCCGGUUGUCGUACACUUCGCACGGAGAUCUGCUCGGCGGCAAGGCACAGACAAAGGAAGCAAGACUUCGAGGACGAUCAGCGUCAAGGAAUCACAGCGUGACGUCACAACCGCAUGCGUAUCCUCUUCCACGGCAAGAUUCUUCCCUCGCGUCGAGACCUCUCAGAGAAUAUGAAAUAAGCACAACGGAAUGCACAGACGAAGCCGGCAAAGUAUUGAAACAGUCCAACGACAAUCCUUUCGUAGAGUCAUCGCAGCAGCCCAACGUAGUCGACAUGAGAGAUGUCAUGGUCCUGAAUGAAAUCAUAGAACAAGCUGGAAGGCAAAGUAGAGCAAGUGAACAAAACGUGUCAGUGUACUACUUCCCAACAGCGGAAGACGACGAGGAUGGGCCCACCUUUAAAGAGAGACUCCUUGAGUGCUUAAUGAAAGGAAUAGAUUUCUUCUGCGUGUGGGACUGCUGUUGGUUGUGGCUGGAGUUCCAGAAAUACGUGGCUCUGCUAGUGUUUGACCCGUUUGUAGAACUGUUCAUUACCUUGUGUAUUGUGGUCAACACGUUGUUUAUGGCAUUGGAUCAUCACGAUAUGGACAAAGAUAUGGAGAGAGCACUCAAAAGUGGUAACUAUUUUUUCACAGCAACUUUUGGUAUUGAAGCUAUGUUGAAAUUAAUAGCAAUGAGUCCAAAAUAUUAUUUUCAAGAAGGUUGGAACGUAUUUGAUUUCAUUAUUGUGGCCUUAUCAUUGUUAGAGUUGGGUCUUGAAGGUGUACAGGGUUUGUCAGUAUUGCGUUCAUUUCGUUUGCUUCGAGUAUUCAAAUUGGCAAAGUCAUGGCCGACACUUAAUUUACUCAUCUCUAUAAUGGGUAGGACGAUGGGUGCCUUGGGCAACCUGACCUUCGUAUUGUGCAUCAUUAUUUUCAUAUUUGCCGUGAUGGGUAUGCAACUAUUCGGAAAAAAUUACGUGGAUUAUGUAGACCGGUUUCCUGAUGGUGAUCUUCCGCGGUGGAACUUCACGGAUUUUAUGCACAGUUUCAUGAUUGUCUUCCGAGUGCUUUGUGGAGAAUGGAUAGAGAGCAUGUGGGAUUGUAUGCUCGUUGGAGACGUAUCGUGUAUCCCCUUUUUCCUAGCCACUGUAGUCAUUGGUAAUCUUGUGGUACUGAAUCUCUUCUUGGCCCUGUUACUGUCAAAUUUUGGCUCGUCGAACUUGUCCUCGCCAACGGCAGAUCAGGACACAAACAAAAUAGCUGAAGCCUUUAACAGAAUAUCCAGGUUUAUAGACUGGAUAAAAAGAAGCGCGGCCGACAUUUUGAAACUAGUUAAAAACAAAUUAACGAAUCAAAUUGCCAUACACGCACCCGAACGUGUGGACAAUGAAUUGGAGCUAAGUGCAGACCUCGACGAUGGGGUGCUUUACAAAGACAAGAAGCUCAAAGACCAAGUAGAAGUAGCGAUCGGCGACGGAAUGGAGUUUACGAUACCGGGUGACAAUAAAUAUAAGAAAGGAAAAAUAUUAAUGAACAAUAUAAAUGCAAUAACUGACAACCACACAGAUAAUAGGAUCAACUGCGAGCUCAACCACCACGGAUAUCCUAUUCAGGAUGACGAUACAAUAAGUCAAAAGUCGUAUGGAAGCCAUAAAAUAAGGUCAUUCAAAGAUGAGAGCCAUAAAGGAUCGGCAGAUACGAUAGAUGGUGAAGAAAAAAAAGAUGCCAGCAAAGAAGACUUAGGACUAGAAGAAGAAAUGAUUCAAGAAGAAGUCGAAAUGGUUGAUGGUAUACCAAAAAUAGACAUAAAAGCAAUAGAAGGCGAAAUCGAAGAUACUCCAACGGACUGCUUCCCAGACCCUUGCUAUCAACGUUUCCCCUUCCUGGCUGGCGAUGACGAAUCGCCUUUUUGGCAAGGCUGGGCGAUGUUACGACUGAAAACAUUCAGACUUAUAGAAAAUACCUACUUUGAAACAGCUGUGAUAACUAUGAUCUUACUCAGUAGUUUGGCUUUGGCUUUAGAAGAUGUACAUCUGCCGCAUCGACCGAUCCUACAAGAUAUCCUGUACUACAUGGAUCGUAUUUUUACUGUUAUAUUUUUCAUCGAGAUGUUGAUCAAAUGGCUGGCUCUUGGAUUUCGGAAAUAUUUUACAAAUGCUUGGUGUUGGCUUGAUUUCAUCAUUGUAAUGGUAUCGCUUAUAAACUUCGUAGCGGCGCUCUGUGGUGCCGGUGGCAUUCAGGCGUUCAAAACGAUGCGCACGCUGCGGGCGCUUCGGCCGCUCAGAGCUAUGAGCCGAAUGCAGGGCAUGAGGGUGGUAGUGAAUGCUCUGGUGCAAGCGAUUCCAUCCAUCUUCAACGUGCUGCUCGUGUGUCUGAUAUUCUGGCUUAUCUUUGCUAUUAUGGGUGUGCAACUCUUCGCUGGAAAAUAUUUUAAGUGUGUCGAUAUGAACCAUACAACUCUUAGCCAUGAAAUUAUACCGGAUAGAAAUGCGUGUAUCUUAGAAAACUACACGUGGGAAAAUUCACCGAUGAACUUUGACCACGUCGGCAAAGCCUACUUAUGUCUCUUUCAAGUUGCAACUUUUAAAGGCUGGAUUCAAAUUAUGAAUGAUGCAAUCGAUUCACGAGAGGUUGGGCGGCAGCCAAUCAGAGAGACUAACAUAUACAUGUAUUUGUAUUUUGUAUUUUUUAUCAUAUUCGGAUCUUUUUUCACUUUGAACUUGUUCAUCGGAGUGAUCAUCGAUAAUUUUAACGAACAAAAGAAAAAAGCUGGAGGAAGUCUUGAAAUGUUCAUGACUGAAGAUCAGAAAAAGUAUUACAAUGCAAUGAAGAAAAUGGGAUCCAAAAAGCCGUUAAAGGCAAUUCCUAGGCCGAGGUGGCGACCGCAAGCAAUAGUAUUUGAAAUUGUCACGGACAAGAAAUUCGAUAUGAUUAUAAUGUUGUUCAUCGGCUUCAACAUGUUGACGAUGACUUUAGACCACUAUCAACAAUCAGAUACAUUCAGCCAAGUCCUGGACUACCUCAACAUGAUAUUCAUAGUAAUAUUUAGUUCAGAGUGUCUGUUGAAAAUCUUCGCGUUACGUUACCAUUACUUCGUGGAACCUUGGAAUCUAUUCGACUUCGUUGUAGUCAUGUUUUCUAUUCUCAGUUUGGUGUUGAGUGAUAUUAUAGAAAAAUACUUCGUGUCACCAACUUUACUAAGAGUAGUCAGAGUAGCGAAAGUUGGUAGAGUACUCAGGCUUGUAAAAGGAGCAAAGGGCAUCCGGACACUUCUAUUCGCCCUGGCCAUGUCUCUGCCAGCUCUUUUCAAUAUUUGCCUAUUGUUGUUCCUUGUAAUGUUCAUAUUCGCAAUAUUCGGAAUGUCGUUUUUCAUGCAUGUCAAGGACAAAGGAGGACUUGAUGAUGUGUACAACUUUAAAACCUUCGUCCAGAGCAUGAUUCUGCUCUUUCAGAUGUCAACUUCCGCUGGAUGGGAUGGUGUUUUGGACGGUAUAAUAAACGAAGAAGAAUGCGACUUACCAGACAACGAGCGCGGAUAUCCCGGCAACUGUGGCUCCGCGACUAUCGGCAUCACCUACUUACUCUCCUACCUCGUCAUAUCCUUUCUCAUCGUCAUCAACAUGUAUAUUGCCGUCAUUCUCGAAAACUACUCACAGGCUACCGAAGACGUGCAAGAAGGCCUAACGGACGAUGACUACGACAUGUAUUACGAAAUAUGGCAGCGGUUCGAUCCCGAAGGCACACAGUAUAUCAGAUACGAUCAGCUGUCCGACUUCCUGGACGUGCUAGAACCGCCGCUACAGAUCCACAAGCCCAACAAAUACAAAAUAAUAUCAAUGGAUAUACCCAUAUGUCGCGGCGACAUGAUGUUCUGCGUGGACAUCCUGGACGCGCUGACGAAGGACUUCUUCGCGCGGAAGGGCAACCCCAUCGAGGAGCCGGUGGAGGUGGGGCGGCCCGACGAGGUGGGCUACGAGCCGGUGUCUUCGACGCUGUGGCGGCAGCGCGAGGAGUACUGCGCGCGCCUCAUCCAGCACGCGUGGCGGCGCCACCGGCGCGCGCAGUCGCCGGGCGGCAGCGCGGAGGCGGAGGCGGGCGCGGGCGCGGACACGGCCGUGCUGCUGGACGCGGGCGCGGGCGCGGGUGGCGCGCACCGCGUGGUGCUGACGGCGGCGGGCGCGGCGCCGCGGCCGCCUGAGCCGGCGCCGCCGCGCGCCCGUCUGACCCGCGCUGGCGCUCGCGCUGCUGCCCGCGCUCGUCGACGACACGCCGCUGCCGCUGCCCGCACCGCUGCCCGAGCUCUUGAGCCCACCCAAGCGCACUUAAUUAUUUUUUACGCUAGAUGUUUCGACGUAGUGUCGGCGGGCGAGCGACGCGACUCGAGUCGGCGCGGACGUCCGCGCCGCGCCCUCUCGCGGACGAUAGCCUUGCGCGUGUGGAGACGUGAGCGUUCAUCGGAGUGUUUUAUAUUCGCGUGGCCGAAGCUUGCGAGACGAUUUGUUUUGCGACCGAUGUUCGCGUUUACCGAGUUUAUCUUUUUAGUGAAAUUUACUUUCGUCGUUUCGUUCUCGUGGAUGAAUCGUGUAACAGUCGGAGAAGAUCGUUUUAGCGAGCACGCCGUUUUUUGUCACUAGUGAUGUAAGAUAUCGGAUAAAAUUGAGAAACAUGAAAUGCUUAUUUUUGUAUUCGACGAUUGACACUAUUCCUGUGUAAAUGUUCUAAAACAGAUCGCUACGAUGAUAACUAAGAUAACAUGUAAAUCGCUGUGGGACAUCAUUUAUCUUCCCCAAAAUGGUGUCCAACAGUAGCACUGUAGCGCCGGAGAGCGACGCGGAGUGACGUUGUGCUUUGCUGACGCCCGGUUCCGCUUCCCUCGGCGCCCGCGCCGCUGCCGGCUCGCGGCGCCGCGCUCAAUGUAUCUUCGUAUUGUAUUCGAACGAUCAAAUACCAGCAUUACCUAGCAUAUGUAACGAUACGUUCGUUUAAAAUUAUCUACUGCGUAUAAACGCUAGCGUGAUUGUAUUUAUUGAAAGCUAAGUAAACGCUUAAAGAAGCAAUGGCUACGCCGAUCAUAUCAAUUUUGUCCGUAAUAGUUUAUUGAUGAAUCCGAUUUUACACUUCUUAGUGAACCGAAGCAGAGUCGCCAUUCGAGGUCGGUCUGCUCAGGUAAAGAAGUUUAGAGAAUUUUUUUGCAAAGUCGUCUAUGUAAGCUUAGCUAUUCAGCAGUGAAAUUGGUACCAGAGUUCACUUCCGUCCUAAUUCAGUACGCAUCAUAGGAAUCGAGCCAUUUUACGUAAUGCGCACCUUCUUCUCGCAGUCAGUGUAAUCGCCUUCCCCGGAUUACAUCGGCUGCGGCUCCCUUCCGAUCGCUGCCAGCGGGCUGGCAUCGCUUCGUUUGUGCACGUCUUGCACGUCAUUUUGUCAAUGAGUACAACAUUGUAACGCCUACCGCGCUGCGGGUGCAAAUGUAUUAUUGUACCUAAUUCAGAACAAGCGUACCGAUUGAGCUAUCCGAAAGACAUGAAAUUAGCAAUAAGAGAUAUUAUUAAAUAACUAAGAAAUCGAACGUCCCUUACCGAGUAAGGUAGAUAUUAUUGAAAUAUUUUUAUUUUUCGAUUGACAUCUCUCUAGAUAAUGGAAGUAGCGCAAUCGUAAGUCGAUGAGAGAAUGCGAUCGCCGCGUCGGAAGCUGCAGCUCUCCGCGCCGGCGACGACACGAUUGAUCUGAAAUUGUGCUCCGUCAGUAUUGUCUUUUAUAGCACAAGAAUGUUUAUGAAUCAUUCAAUUUUGUAAAUUACCUUUGGAAGUGGUGAAUUUUCUACUUCUCUGUACAUAUUCAGAGCUAAUGGCCGGUCGGACCCGAAUCGCACGUCGCAAUGUCGUAUCGGAUCGACAGCUCCCAAACAGCGAGACACCAAUAAGCUUGAAGCAAUAACGUUAACGUGUGCUCGAGUUUCGCUUUUUAUUAUGGAAUCAUGUCACUGAAUAGUUGUGUGUUGGUUGUUUUUUCAAUUCGUUUUUAUAAAAUGUGAAAAUUUUUGGAAGUGCAAGACAAUCUAAUCGUUGCAAAAUUUUGAAGAGUCGAUGUAUUGUAAACUAAGAUGAGACGCUUAACGUUUUGCACCUAUUUUGCAAUAAUAAUAACGGUUCCAGAAAAUAAAUACGUAGAUACGUCUUUUAUAAAGGUUUAGCAGUGCGCGGCGUAUGCGUCGGCGAUCUUCCCCGGCGCCGCCGCACGCGCCGCCGCGACCGCACUCCUCGUUCCUUCAGUUGACAGUCGACACUCGACAGCGGCGCGACCACCACGCGACUACAGCGCGCCGUGGCCGUGCUCGGCAACGGGAGCUUGACGGCAGGGAGCGGUUCAUUAUUCCCUUUGUUUUAGUGCUCGACUUCAAUACCAUAAAAAUACC